CAGCUCUGCCUUGCGAGUACAAUGCUUCAUGGCAAUGAAUCGUUAUGAUCUGGCGGGUAAAGAAGUCCGGCGUAUGCAAACAGCAGACGAAGACGCACUUCCUUGUCAAUUGGCUACGGCUUUGUUCAACUUGAGCAAAGGUGGCGAACAACUCCAAGAAGCUCUAAACAUCUAUGAAGAACUCAAAGAACGAUACGGUGCUACCUCUGUUAUACUGAAUGGACAAGCGGCUGCUCUGAUAGGAAUGAAUAAAUGGGAAGAAGCUGAGAGUAUUUUACAAGAAGCGCUAGAUGCGGAUAACAGCAAUCCAGAGGUGCUUGUCAAUUCAAUUAUGGUCGCACAACACUUGGGGAAGCCCAUCGAGACGAUCAACAGACUUACAUCCCAACUGAGAGAUGCGAACAAAGACCAUCAAUUCCUUGUGGACUAUUCCCUCAAGGAGGAAGAAUUUAACCGCUGUGCUCAACAAUUUGCUUCAAGUGUGCCCUCUUAAUUUGACUUGUGUUACGGUCCUUGUUGGUUUGCUUUGUCCCCCAUUGUGAUCAGUGUUCUUUUCAAUAAAUAACCUUUCCGAGCCAUUCGGUUGAGUUUACAUUUGACUGUCGUUCCCCUUACGAAAAGCCGUUUAUACACUACUUCGGUUGACUCCUGGUGGUUUUCAGAUUUUGAGACAAUUUCUGCAAACUUUUUCAACUCUGUUUGGUGUCACCCAACGGUUGAUUCUGUUC